AUGGCUGCAGAGCAGGUCGCCCCAGUAAGCCGGACUCUCUGGCUCAGCCCAAGGUUGGAAAAUGAAGUUCUACCUCCGAUGGAGAGAGGGAACCAGGAUUCGUCUGGUUCCCACCUCGUGGAAAGGUUCACAGGACCUCCCCAAAGGGGUCAUGGUGAGAACCUGGGCAGCUGCAAAGGGGAGCACCCUGCUAAAUGGACAGCUCUAAAUUCAGGAUGGGGCGUUGCUCAGCCACCCGACCCUGACCCGUGGGAGAAUCCCAGAGCUGUUUUGCCUUUCAGCACGGGAAAUGAGGCGUUUCCCCCUGGAAACCAGGCAGAGCCUCAUGCGCAAGGUUGGAGCAGGGAAGCUGAACCAGCUGACAGUGGCCUACCUUCCAAGGAAGGCUAUGCCUACGUGAGGGAGGAAGCUUCCAAGACAGCCAUCCCCACCGAGAUGCAGCGGCUGAACUUCCGCCAGUUCCGCUACCAGGAGGCCGAGGGUCCCCGCCAGGUGUGCAGCCGCCUGUGGUACCUCUGCUGCCAGUGGCUGAAGCCGGAGAGACACACCAAGGAGCAGAUGCUGGAGCUGCUGGUCCUGGAGCAGUUCCUGGCCGUCCUGCCCCCGGAGAUGCAGGGCUGGGUCAAGGGAAAGGGUGCUGAGAGCUGUGCCCGGGCGGUGACUGAUGCCGAGGACUUUCUGAACCGGCUGCGAGGCCCUGGGAGUUGGUGUGAGCAGGUGGGGUGCACGUCAUCCUGGCUGAAGAAGGCUUCUUCUUCUGUGUCAGCUAAAGUUUGUGCUCAGGUGGUCGAUAAGAUAAGAGUCAAAAGCAGAAAUCAAAUCCUUCCUUCUGUUUUUCAGGUGCCUUGCCCAGCGCGGCCUGUGAACUCCCUCCAGCCUGGGGGUGCUGAUUCAGAGGCUGGGGAGGACCAGCCUGGCACGGAGGUCAAGCAGGAAGGCUUUUGGGGUGAGGGACUGGCAAGCAAGACGCUGGAGCCAAAGCUGAAAAAUUCAGAGCCAGGAACGUUUCAGGAAGAGGGGGCAAGAAGCCACGUCCUUCUUGCCACAGAGGAGGAGGUUGGUUCAAAUCAUCCCAAAUCAGAGAAGAAGCCUGGAAAGGGUCUGGAGGAACAUGUUGCUCAGGGAGAAGUUUCCAGCUCUCUGGAGGAAUGUGCUCAGCAUCCGAGGACUCCCCAAGGGAAGCAGGAGGCGAUGUGUGCCGUGUGCGGGAAAAGCUUCAGCCGGAGGACGGGCCUCCUUGCUCAUGAGCGAGUCCACACGGGGGAGAAGCCCUACAAGUGCUCGCACUGUGGGAGAAGCUUCCGGUCCAAGUCGACCCUCGUGGUUCACCAGAGGACCCACACGGGGGAGAAGCCCUACCAGUGCCAGGCCUGUGGAAAGAGCUUCCCCGUCACCACGCAGCUGAUUGAGCAUGAGCGGACGCACUCGGGCGAGAAGCCCUACCCGUGUGGGGAAUGCGGGCAAGCCUUCCGCCAGAGGUCUCACCUGAAGAACCACCAGAAGAUCCACUCUGGCCUCAAGCCGUUCAAAUGCUCGUAUUGCAGGAAGGGCUUCAGCAUCAGCUCCGACCUGAUCCGGCACGAGAGGGCCCACACGGGGGAGAAGCCGUACCAGUGUCCCGACUGCGACAAACGCUUCUGCAACAGCUCGCAGGUGAUCACGCACCGGCGAGUGCACACAGGGGAGAAGCCGUACAAGUGCCUGGAGUGCGGGAAAGGCUUCACCGUGAGCCAGCAGCUGAUCCGGCAUCAGUCGGUCCACACGGGGGAGAAACCGUAUCGCUGCCCGGAGUGUGGGAAAACCUUUGGGGUGAGCACCCUCCUGGCCGGACACUUGCGCAUUCACACCGGGGAGAAGCCAUAUGAAUGCUCGGAGUGUGGGAAAUGCUUUCGGCUGCGUUCGACCCUCAUCACACACGUGAAGAUCCAUGCUGCAAAAAAGGCAUAAUUGUUAUUGCGUAAUUCCCCAUAAUUGCAGGGAAAAAUAACUUGUGGGGUGGGGUGAAUCAUUGCAAAAUUUCUCAUUCCAGGUUAAACUGAAAGCCAGCAACAGCCUGGAUAAAAUGCUUUGCACUUUUCCAAGGGCUCCAUCCUCUCGUGACUGUAACAACGACCCUGUGAGGCGGUCACAUUCCCUCUAUUAGAGUUGUAGCAAGGCAGCUGAGGUGGGCUUCAUUAAGUUGAUCUUUUCUCAAGGCCAAAAGUGAGAUUGAAAGUGAAGGUCUUCGGAUCCAUUGGUUGGCCCGAUUCUGUGAUGAGCUGAUUUGAGAAUGGAAGGAAGUUUAUGUGUAAGAUGGGAUGGGCAAGCUCAGGACAAGAUUUGGGGGCAAAUUUUUUAGUAGUCCAGUCUUCCUAAGGGGA